AUGGAAGGCCAGCGGCCAAACGAGAUCAUUGCCAAGCAGAUCAGACCCACCGUCAGCGAGGACAACAUGUCCGAGAUGCGGUUGGCCGAACACCGGCGCUUUCUGAAGGGCUUUGAAGUGGAGGCUGCAGCCUAUGCGAACCUCUCCGCCGAGCUCUUGGCUGCGGAACUGGCAGUGCCAAGCUUACUUCAUUUGGAGAUGCCAAUGCCGGAGGAGCCUCAAUGGUCUCUGACCCUGCAUUUGGAGGAUCUCAGCCAGCGCUUCCCUCGCGGUGCCAAUGGCCAAGUCCGACGUAUGAGUUCAGAGGUGGCUGGCCGGUUUUCAUGCCCUAUUCUGGGAGCGCCCAAAGGCGGCGCAGCGGGGGUUGUGGCCACGAGGCAGCUAUUGGAUUUUGGAUCACUUGGGAAAGUUGCAAUUAGCAGCGCUCCCGGAGGGCUUUAG